UGGAACAAAAGUUCGUAGCGUUUUUCAAUAGGUGGCGUUUAAACACCUGAUUCAUUCCACGCGUGGCUGAAGCAUAUGACAUAUACACAAUCUGACAGGUGAUGUUUCAACGCGUCUUUUUAAGCGAUUUGUGUAUGGAUUUGUCAAUUCUAAAAUGUAUUUACGACGUUUACGUUAACAGUAAAGAUGGAGGAAAAUAAGGUGCAUUUUCGCCAUUUGAUGCUCUUUUAUUUUCGGAAAAGAAAAAACGCUGCACAAACAACAAAAAAGAUAUGUGCCGUUUAUGGAGAUGGUACCGUAGCUGAGAGUACUGUGCGUAAGUGGUUCGCUCGAUUCAGAAGUGGUAAUUUUGAUCUGGAGGACCGAGAACGUUCCGGUAGGCCCGCAGUCGUUGAUGAUGAUCAAAUCGUAACGUUAAUUGAAAAUAAUCCACGUCACACGACACGGGACAUCGCAGAGAUACUCCGCAUAUCUCAUAUGAGUGUUGUAAGGCAUUUGGAAACACUCGGAUACGUGAAUCGUUACGAUGUUUGGGUGCCUCACGAUUUGACGGAAAGAAAUUUAAUGGACCGCAUUUCCGUCAGCGAUUCUUUGCUCAAACGUAAUAAAAACGACCCAUUUUUGGAACGGACAAUCACUGGCGAUGAAAAAUGGAUUGUUUACAACAAUGUGCAGGAGCGAAAAAGGACAUGGGGAAAACGAAACGAGCCAUCGUCGACUACUCCAAAAGAUGAUCUGCAUCCAAAAAAGGUGAUGCUGUGCAUCUGGUGGGAUUGGAAGGGUGUCGUGUAUUACGAACUCCUUUCGCACGACCAGACGUUGAACUCGGACAAAUACUGUUCCCAAUUAGAGAACUUGAAGGCAGCAAUCGAUGAAAAACGACCGGAAUUGGCUAAUCAGAAGGGUGUUGUCUUCCAUCAGCACAACGUCAGAUCUCACAUCUCCUUGCAGAGUCGGCAGAAAUUGAUGCAACUUGGCUGGGACGUCUUACCUCAUCCGCCAUAUUCGCCUGAUUUAGCACCUUCAGAUUACCAUUUAUUCCGGGCCCUACAGAAGUCUCUUAAUGGAAAGAGCUUCAAUUCCCUAGAAGCUUGUAAAAACCACUUAGAGCAGUUUAUCACUGAAAAAGAUGCCAAGUUUUGGGAGAAUGGAAUUAUGAAACUGCCUCAAAGAUGGCAAAAGGUAGUGGAACAGAAUGGUACAUACGUAGUUGAAUAAAUCUGUAUAUAAAUGCUUAAACACUGUCUUUGACAAAUGCUACGAGCUUUUGUUCCAACCUAGUUAUUAUUUAAAUAUUUUAUUAA